AUGAACCUCGAACAGGGAUGUGAAUCAGUGAGUGUUAGUUCUAACUGCUAUUUAAUAGUUAGUACUUCUUCAACUCUUUCACUCACUUCAGUUGGAGACUCCCUAGGCAAAGUUGUUGUUCAGAAUGGUGCUACUCUUACCGUCAAAUCUAUGAGUGGUGUUCAAAUUAGUAAUCGUGGGACUCUCAUUUUACAAGGGGCUCAAAGUGGAAAGGUAUUUAGUUCUGGAAUUAUAACAAUUUCUGGAAGUGUUAGUUUAGAUUAUAUCUCAAUAAGUUCUAGUGCAAAAGGAUCUAUUAAUUUUAAUGAACAAGUUAAUUCAGAAUAUAACGUUAUUUUUAAACAAGCUAUUCUGUCAAAAGGAUUUACUGUGUCAGCACCUUAUAAACUAACUAUUAAUAAACUUGGAUCUGAUAGUUCUGAAGAAGUUAAAGUUACUUCUGCACAAUUUGAUAUAACAGUAUUAUCAUAUGAGAGUGAUAUCAUAUAUUAUUUGUAUCAUAAUAGUCUUAGCUUUACAGCAGGAAAUGUUUUAAAUAAAGAUACCAAAAAUACAAUUAAAUGUUACCAAAAUACAUUUAGUACACUUUCUGGAGCUGCCAAAUCUAAUGCUGCAUGUCCAUGUUCAUUGUCUAAUGAUCUUUGUGAUUUAACUAUUUCACAAAGUGGUAGUAUAGGGUCAGGAGAGUCUCAUUAUAAUACAUUAACAAUUGAUGGAACAGAAGAGAUUACUCUUAAAGGGAAUAGUGACUCAAUAUUAAUAAUUUCAUCUCUUGAUCUUAAAACAAGUAUUACAUUUGAUUCAUUCAAAAAGGUUAUUAUUUAUGGACAAUCAUCAAGUAGUGGUAGUAUAAAUAUUUCUGUUAAAGAAAGUGUAGAGGAAUUUUCUAUUUUUAAUAGUGCUUCUACCAAGAUUGACACAUCUGCUAAUAGUUUCACAAUUGAAUCUGUAGCUAAAGAAGUAGUUGGAUUGAAUAUUCACAAAGGGAAUGUGAACAUUCUUUCAGACAAUAAGUUUAAAAUUCUUGUAGAAGAAGGGAGUGUUACUUUUAAAGGAAGUAAAUUUGAAGAUGAAGAAGUUACUCUUAACUCAGGGUAUCUUGAUAUUACUGGUGUUGAGAUUUCUAAAAGCAGUACUUCAACAAUAAAGUUAGGUCCUAACAGUUAUAUCAAAAUCAAACCAAAUGCAACAACUAUUGAUGAUAAAUUUAUAGUUACUUCUUUAGAAAAUAACAAAGACAAUUUAUAUCUUUCUUGCGAUUUGAGUUAUAUUAGACUUAGUACUAACAAUGAAGAAAGUUGUUUGUGUUUGUAUAAUGAUCCAAUUAACACAUAUCUUAAUUGUGGUUCAUUCUAUUCUGUUGGUUCAGGAGACCUUAUUAUAGAUGAAAAAGAUGAAAACGUUAAUAACCUUAUUACAACAAAAUUCACUUUUGGACAUGACACUCUUAUUCUUGGUGGUACUGAUUUUAGUUCACUGGUAUUUAGUGUGCUUGAUAUGAAUGGUAAGAGUAAUGUUGUUAUUAAGUCUUCUUUAGAUAGUCGAUUUGAUCUUACAAUCUCAGAGUUCACAAAUGUUCCAAAGUAUUUAACUUUUGAAAAUAUAAAUCUUAAACUUCCAACAGAAUUUGUAUUUUCAGAUGGUCAAGUGCUUAUAUUGAAGAAUUCUAUGGUUUCAUUUGGUCAUGAACAAAAAUUCAAACGAAUUGAAAUGGACCAUCGUAGUAGUAUUAAGAGUAACAGCGGUAACAUUAAUGCAGAAAUAAUUCAUUUUGAUUUCUCAGGGCUUAAUGCUGAUGUUAAAGAACCACUUAUUGAACUAGGAACCGAAUAUUAUUUAGUUGUUAGUAAAUUUAUUAAUUACGUUAAUAGUACUAGCUCAGAUAAUCAUUAUCUUGUCAUUACUAAAAAUACUGAUUUUAAGAAUUAUAAUGGUGAUGUACCAAAUGGACUCUCUCUAAAAUGUACGAAUAGGGCUCUUAUGUAUAUAAAAUCAGCUGAUGGUAUUUCUAAUAAUUUCAAGUGUUCUGAAAUCGGACUUGGAGUCAAACAGUGUGUCAUCAAAAGUACUGAUAUCGAAGGUAAUAGCAUUGAUUUGUCAUUACCAGAUUCUUAUGAAAAUAAUAUUGAUCAAGGAUGUCCAUGUAGACAUGAUAUCUCUGAAUCAGCAGAUAGUUGUGAUGUUACUUUUAAUAGCGAGGGUAAUGAUAUUUUAUUUACUUCUUCUAAAAAUGAACAAACAUUCUCUGUUAUGGAACUUCAUGCUAACAGCGUUAAUUUCCAAAUCAACAAAUUUAUUGUUAAUAAACUCUUGUUGUCUUCUAAUGUUGAGUUUAAUACUGCUGGUGGUGUUAAGAUUACCACACUUGAAACAAGUAAAAAUGCUAAAAUUGUGUUUCAUCAUCAGUCUACACUUGGUAAUACUAAAAUUCAUUCCGGUAGUACAUUAGAUAUAAAAUGUGAAACUGAUACAUUCUUUGAAGGUAACAUUAAUGUAUUAGAUAACAGUAAUAAACUGAAAAAAGAUGAUGGCACCACUAAAGAAGAGGCAAGUGGAAUAUUUAACGUGGAAGUUGAUUCAGAGUUAACAAUUAGAAAUGGUUCAACAAUUAUUGUUAAUAGUCUUAUGAUUCAUAAAAACAAUGAGACACAAUCUCAUAUUACUAUAAGUAAAGAUUCAAAAAUAGUAUUUGUUAAUGGUGCAAAAUUGAAAUAUGAUAUGACUGUAUUUACUUAUAAAACGAUUUUUGAUUUUGAUGAUGUGAGUCAAUUUGACGCUAGUCAUAUUGAAUAUAGUCAAACAGGUGAUACACAUACUUGCAGUGCACUUGCAAGUAUUAGUACUUCUAGUAAUAUUGAUGGAAACAGUAAAAAUUCUCUUGACCAAAAUUUCUUUGAUGUUGGUUGUAAUCCAUUAAAAAUUAUUUUAUGCCCACAAUCAUUCGUCAAUAAUUAUGCAUGUGAAGGAAGAAUUGAUUGUGUGUUUAGUAGUUCAAGUAAAAGUGAUACAUUAUCUGCAGGAGAUUCGAGUUCAUAUGAAAAUUCAGGAGUUAAUUGUCCAUGUGGUAGAGAAGAUCAACAAUCAUCUAAAUAUACAUCAGCCUGUUCUGUUUCUAUUCCUAAUACAUUAAGUGAUAAGAAUAUUACUGAUUUCUUUGGGCAUUUUGUUGAUAUUAGAAUUGAUUCCUCUAUUUUUAUUUUUGUAACUAGUUCAUCUGUUGAUGUCCAAAAUUUAAUUCUUAGAGGCACUGUUCAUUUCAGUAAAAGUGAAAGUGAUACAAGUGAAACAACUGGUAAAAUUACUGCUGGUAGUAUAGAUGUUUAUACUAAACAACCAACUAAAGUUUAUUUCGAGAUUCCUUCUGAAGUAAAGUCAGCUAAGACAAAAGAGUCAAGUGUACUCUUUUCUUUCCAUGAUGAAACAAUAUUCAGACUUGGUAACGCUGAUAAUACAACUGUUGGUAUUGAACCAGGAAGUUCUAUUACUCUUAACCUGAAUGGUGUACCUAGUGAUAAAAGUAUUGAACUAAGCCUUGGAACAGAUAUGAAAGAUGCAAGUCUUGCUCUUAUGGCUAAAAAACCUUUACGUUUUACUAGUGAUGUUAUUGUAAAUAAAUUAACACUCAGUAGAUCUCAGUAUUCAGGAGAACAAGACUCUAGUAAUAUUCCAUUCUUCCUUGAUGUUGGAGAUGAUCAUGCAUUUAAAGUACAAAGUCUUUCUGUUGUUCCAUUGGAAGUUAUUAAAUAUCCAAUUGUUCAAGCAUCUGAUAUUGAAUAUGUUUAUGUUGGAGAUUUCCAAAAGAGUUUAUAUCUUAUGGAUGAGUUCAAAAGUGUUUUGUAUUAUAAAGGAGAGACUUCUCAAAGAAAAGAUGAAAUUGUAUGUGUUUUAAAUUACAACAACCCUGUUAAUGGUCAUGUUAUUUAUAAUGACUCUGAUAUAUAUGAUUAUGACUUACUUAGUUGGAAUAGAAGAGGAUGUCCAUGUGAUGGAGGACAAUGUACCUUAAAAAUUAAUGAUGAAAUAAAACCAUCAGUUGACAAUGAUACUGUUGCUGUUUUUGGAAUUAAUGCAACUGCUUUAAGUACAUGGGAAAUUGAUAUUGAUAAGAAUGUUGAAUUAGGUGAAGGAAAGGCUGUUGUUGAUAAAAUGGUUGUUUCAAAUGUCAAAACACUUACAUUUAGAAGACUCACUGGUUCUAUUUCAUUAUUGAAUUAUGUUCCAAAGACUGUAGAGUCUGGAGAAAGUGUUAUUCCAACUUGUUAUGACAUUAAUGUUGCUGAUGUUAAUUCUUCUUUCAAGGUAGAGUCUAUCCAAACAAGUAAUACUGCUCCUUAUAAGCCUUCAGGUUCUGAAACUAGUUAUAGUGCUAGUUCUAGUCUUACAUUUAUGCAGAAUUCUGCUAGUUUUUCAUUGACCUUUGAUGAUGAAGGUGUUUUCUUCUCUUCUGUUGUUGCUACUGACUCUAAACAAGUUAGGUUGGGUAGUAGUGAAUCAUCAUCUAUAAGCUCUCUUAUUCAUACAAUGAAAUUAAUAAGGUCAUCUAUCUAUUUUGAGAAAGGACAAUGGGACUAUGAAGCUAAUACUUUAGAUGUUGAGUUAAAUUCCCCACAAACAUUCCCAAUUGUCUUUGCUCCUUCUUCUAAUGUUAGAUUUAGAGAUGUUCAGGUCAUUGUUCAUAUUCCAAGUAUUUCUCUUAAUGAACCACUUUAUUUAUUCCGUGUAACAUCAAGUGAUUAUAUUGCAAAUAACAACAUCACAGUAGUUGUUACUACUGAUCCUAUUGAUACUGAUAAUAUCAAGACUACCAGAAAAGAAGAUUCUUCUGUAGAAUAUGAAUUUGUUCAAGUCUGUUCAAUUUAUCUUGCUAUUGUACCUAAAGGAUAUAGUAUUGAAAGUUGUCCAAAUGAUCCAUGUGGUACUAAUGAUGCAGUUCUUAUACAAAACAUUACUAACGACGAUGUUCCAACUUGGGUAAUUGUUAUAUUAGUUAUUGUUGGUGUCAUUAUUAUUAUUAUAAUUAUCCUCUUCAUUGUCUUUAUUGUAGUUGCCCGUAUGUUCUUGUUAAGAAGAAAGAAUAAUAAAGUCUUUGAUGAUGAUGACAAUAUUUUCUACCAGACUGCUGAAGAAACUACAGAAAAGGAUGAAGGUUCUAAUGAAGAAAGCCAAUCUGCUGAAUCAGGAAGUGGAUCUGGUUCAUCUUCAGGAAGUUCUUCAGGUGCUGGUUCUGAAGAAUUAGGAAGUGGAUCUCAGUCUGGAAGUAAUUCUGAAAGUGAACAACUUGAAGAAAGUAAAAAGGAAGAUGAUAGCUCAAGUGGUUCAGCUCCAGAGUCAAGUGAAGAAGAUGACGAUGAUUAA